GCCCUUAGUCAUUGACUAAACGUGCAGCAGUGCGAACGCGGCAAGCGGCAUAAAGUUCCAGUGUCUACCCGUGUCUCGGUGUCACCACCACCGCCAACGUUCUCCGAUCCGGUACUUUGAUUCUAUUCCUCCUAAAUCGCCAAACAUAUCCCUGAUAUAUCUGCCACAUGCAUCAGAUAUAUAGAGAGUUCUCGGCACGCGACAAAUAAACGAUUUUUGAGUGCUUAUACAACAAAUAAACCAAACGCAAAACGAAAAGAAUAAACGCUAAAGCAAAAUUCUAGCUGCAACAAUUUGUAUAAUGUGCCACAUUGAUAAAUAACUAAUUAAUAACUUUCUUGGGAUUAACAACAAACCAGAGAGAGAGAGAGAUCCGCGAUAACUCUUUACUCAGGAUAAAACGGAGAGAGCAACGGCCGAAGGAUUUAACCCACAAAACACCAGCAAAAUGGUCAACAAACAGUAUACGGCCAACGAUCUGGAGGCUUUUAUGAAGAUUGCCGCCAAUUGGCAGAAUUCCAAUCACAGCUUACUGGAGGGCGUCGACUUGAAGACGGAAAUGACACAAUACAUGAACAAUCCAUCGAUGAACAUGUACAAGAAACGUGAACGCACUCAGAACUGGAAUCACCAGGAGAAGAAAUAUUUGCUCGAUUUGUGCCGCAAGGAUAUGCGCAUCAUAGAGAACAAGCGACUGGAUGCAGGACUCACCGCUGUCAAGAACAAGGCCUGGAAGAUUAUACACCAGAAGUUCUCCAAUCAAUUUGGCACCGAUCGCACGUGCAAUCGCCUCAAGGAGCAGUGGCGUCGCAUGAAAGCCUGCACACGCAAUGAGAUACUCGACUAUAAUAAUCGCUUGGCCAGAUUCGGGCCGGAGGUCGCUGAUCGCAAGAAGCCAUCGCCGUUUACGUUCGAGGUGUGGGACUUUAUGCAGGAGGCCAAGAAGGCCUGCAAAUCGGAGGCCCUGGAUGGCAUUGACUAUUCAAAGAUUCCGCUGGCCCUGGAGGAGGGUUUCGACUAUCGCGAGGACUACAAAUUCAAUGGCGAUGAGCAUGACAUGGAUGACAGUCGUACACCACCGCAGGAGAUGUGCGAUGUGGACAUCAAGGAGGAGGAACACAACGAGACCUUUGAUGAGAAAUACAACAGUCAUCAUCUGAACCAGAGCGACAUCCUACGCGGCGGAGGCGAGCGUCUGAGUGUGUCUCCGAAUCACAGUCGCAAUGGCAUACACGAGGCCGAGAGUCCUGCCACAGUGUCGACAGCCGUGGCACUCGAUGCGAGUGCCGGCGGUGGGGGCUUUAUGCCGGGCGCCGCAGACAUGUCCGGCUUCCAGGCCAACUUCAACAUGAACAACAUAUCCGCCACGCUGGAGGCACUGAAUGCCUUGAGAACGGGCCAGUUCCCCAGUGCGGCAGCUGCCGCCGCAGCCGCCAUACAACAGCAUCAGGCGCAGGCACAGGCACAGGCGCAGGCUCAGGCUCAGGUGGUCGCCCUGCAGCAGCACAAGAGCAGCAGCAACAGCAACAACAACAAUAACAACAACAAUGAGGACGAUGAUGAGCUGCUGAAGCCAUCGCCCAAGCGUCGGCGCACCAACAGCGGCAGCGUGUUGAGCAUCGAGGAUCAGCCGCAGGCACUGACCACCACAGCCAUGCCGCUCGCGACGGACUGCCAGGCCCUGGAGCGAUCGAGCAGCAGCAGCAACGGACUGGGCGUUGGCGUCGCAACUGUCAGCCCCAGCAGCAGCGGCAUCAACAGCAACAGCAACAGCAACAACUUCGAGCUGCGCCUGUUCAUGGAGAUGCAGAGCAAGGAGCACAUGAUGCGCAUGAAGAUCCUCGAAGUGCAGCUGCAGUCGGCCAAGCACAGUCGUGACCUGAUCGAGAUCAACAAGACGCUGGCGCUGCAGAAGCUGCAGGAAUUGGCCAGCAAGCGGCUGCCCAGUUAGGGCAGAGUCCAGCGGCCGUGCAGCGUUUCAUGUUAUGUUAGUUGUAGCCCUAAAAACACACACAGAAACGACUCCAAGUGCUGCGUUCGCAGGCAGAGAGCGUAGCUGGGGAUCGUUAAGAGUUAGUUUUAGAAUCUUACAUUUAAGUUUUAGCAGCAGAAACCACACACACAAAAACCAGCACACACCAGAACACACACACACAAACAGAGUCGCAAAACAGUUAGAGACACCGAGUUGCAUGCACUCCACAACAUUCCUGGCACUUGUUGAUCAGUAUUUGAAAAGAAAAAAGAAAGCUAGAAGCGAAAACCCACACAACCAGAAACCCAAACCCAAACCCAAACCCAAGAGAUGAAGAAAGAGGACCGUCAGCAGGCGCUCGAAAGUAUGCCAUAAUUUCUCUUGCUAGCCUACCUCACACACACACCUAUCAGACACACACACACACACACACACACACACACUACUCUACUGGCCUCACCAGCACUUGACCAAGUCAAGUCAAGUUUUUAGUUUGUAGUUUUUUUAGUACGUAAAACGAGGCGGCAGAAUAUCAUUCUCCAAGUUGCUCAACUACCACAAAUGUAUUGUACUUACGUUCUGUUGCUUUUGACGUUCACACCAACACUAACGAACUGCUUAUACCAUGUAUGUGUAUGUGUUUAUGUACAUAUUUUAUAGGCUUUUCUUUUCUUGUAUUCCCCAGACAGCAAGCAGUCGCCUUUUUGCUUUCAAAUUUUGGAACUUGUAUUUAUUUUAUAAUUUGUAUAGACUUUAUGUUGAUACCACCCCCCUGCCCCCUUCCCUGCUCUGAAAGCGGCGGAAUGUGUUUUGUGUUUUGAGUUUUGAAUGCCAUAUUAAAUGAAAGUUUCAUUUUAUUUUCCAAACAAAUUGUUACCCUAAAUGAUAAACAAAAAAAGCGAAAGAAA